CUUUACUUCUCCAGGGCUUCCUGUGCUAUGAGCAUGAGGAACUCCUCCUCUGUGACAGAGCUCAUCCUACUGGGAAUCUCUAACAGCGAAGGCCUAGAGAGCAUGCUCUUCGUCCUCUUCCUGGUCUUCUAUGUUUUCGCCUUGCUGGGGAACCUGCUCAUCUUCCUCACCAUCCUGGCUUCCCCCAACCUCCACACCCCUAUGUAUUUCUUUCUUGGGAACCUGGCAGUGUUUGAUAUAUUCUUCCCUUCUGUGAACUCUCCUAAGAUGAUGGACUACCUAGUAGGGCAGAGCCGAACCAUCUCAUAUGGGGGCUGUGCCUCCCAGGUCUUCUUUUACCACACUCUGGGGUGUACUGAGUGCUUCCUGUAAUCAGUGAUGGCCUAUGACCGCUUUGUGGCUAUUUGCCACCCUAUGAGAUACACUGUCAUCAUGAACCACAGGGUGUGUACCUGCCUCACAGUGGGCACUUGGCUGGGGGGCUUUGUACAUGGGAGCAUUCUCACAUUUCUUAUCUUCAAGUUACCCUACUGUGGCCCCAAUGAAGUGGACAGUUUCUUCUGUGACAUUCCUGUGGUGUUGUCCCUGGCAUGUGCUGACACAUCCGUAGCACAGACUGUGAGUUUUACCAAUGUUGGUGUUGUUGCACUCACAUGCUUUCUCCUUGUUCUCACUUCUUACACUCGUAUUGUUAUCUCCAUCCUGAAAAUCCGUUCUUCAGAAGGCAGGCGCAGAGCCUUCUCCACCUGCAGUGCCCACUUUACAUCCAUUCUGCUGUUCUAUGGUCCCGUGAUUCUUGUUUAUCUCAGGCCUGCUUCUAGUCCCUGGCUGGACUCUGUUGUCCAGGUGUUUAAUAAUGUUGUCACCCCUUCCUUGAAUCCACUGAUUUAUUCUUUGAGAAACAAGGAAGUGAAAUCAGCCCUGAAGAAGGUGCUAAGUCAAGCGAUGCAACCUCUGGGUUACAAGGAAUAG